CAAACGCAGGCUGACAACAGCUUCCAGAACCUGAGAGGUGUUCACGAGAGGAUAAUUUGAGAUCCUAAAUGCUGGGGAAUAAAGUCUGUAGUUUGCAGAGGCAGCUGAUGGCAGGGGAUAAACUUCUGGGAACGUGGAAUAGAGGAGAUACGGAGAAAGAGCCCUGCGUGGAGCAGGAAAUGGAAUCUCAGCCAAAAAAAUUAUCCCAUUCGAUUGAAGAAAUCCUGAGGAGGCCCACAUGUGUCAGGAAAGAGAAGAGAGCGCAUCGUAACACCAGGAUAUCGAACCAGCUCUCAUGUACAGAAGCUCCACAAAACAGACUACUUGAAGAAUCUCCCAAAGCCAGCACAAACUGCAUGAGUCAGAGGAAAAAGAGGCAAACGAGGGUCACUUUCACACCGUUUCAGGUGCAGGAGCUGGAGAAAGUCUUCCAGCUGACUCAAUACCCAGACGUCAACAGCAGAGAGCAGUUAGCCUCUCGCCUGCACCUCACUGAGGGCCGAAUACAAAUUUGGUUUCAGAACCGCAGAGCCAAAUGGAGGAAGGCAGAAACACUGAAGGAUAUAGAACUGAUGGCCAGACAGGACGUACAGCCAGCCAGCCAUGAUCCCCGGCUUUACUAUGAGCUCUUACAGGAGCCCCCGCUGCAGGCGGUGUGCUGGCUGCCAUGCUGUUUACCUAAACCCCUCCAAUCACUGCUAUUCCUCAGAGCCACACUAACACCCGCCUUGCUGACCAACACACAUUCCCCAGAUCACAGGACUCUGUAUUUUGACCCGCUGUGGACAGACAGAUAGCACCUUCGGUAUACCUCAACAAUAAUGACACUGCUGUGUUAAAAUUUUGAGUUUCUAGCCACUCAAAAUACUACGGUAGACUGUAAUUUGUAAGCCAUACAAUUGAUAAGUUGGCUUUAAUUUCAAAAUGUGUUGUAUAUACUGAAAUAUACUGGAAUAAAAAUGAACUUUUUAAAAAAAAAUGUACCAAUAAAUUUGACAUCAAAACUGA